AUGAAGGCUAUCACAAUUCUUUCUUUGAUGACCGCCCUCGGGGCUAGUGUCUCUGCUCGGGCUCCUGUCACUCUCAACUUGACGGGCCAUAUCGAUGCCUCGCAGGUCAUGUCCUUUGUCUAUGUUCCGUUCCAAGUCGAGCCUGAGACCACCUCGGUCUAUGUCCUUCAGAACUACUCUCUCCAUGGCCAGGGUAAUUCUUUGGACCUGGGUGUUUUCGACCAGCGCGGUCAUCAGCUGAUGAAUGGUGUCAACGACACUUUCGGAUCUCGCGGAUGGUCCGGUGGUUUCCGUAAUAACUUCACCAUCACGCCCUCCUGGGCCACUCCCGGCUAUAACCCAGGUGCCAUCGAGCCCGGUACCUGGAAUGUCGCUCUGGGUCCCUACAACUCCAUUCCCGAGGGAAUUGACUGGCAAUUGCAGAUUGUCAUGAGCUUUGAUCCCGUCGACACCUACUUCUCUCCUACAUUUGCCCAGGUUGACUUUGACACUAUUGGUCAGUUCGAGCAGCAGGAGUGGCUCAGGGGUGAUUUCCAUAUGCACACUGUUUAUUCCGAUGGCAAGUAUACUCCAGAUGAGCAAAUCCAACACGCUCUAGCCCAGAAUCUCAACUUUAUCUUCUUCUCCGACCACAACACCGACUCUAGCAACAACAUCAUCGGCGCUCACCAGCAGGCCUUGGCCCCGGAUCUCCUAAUCUGCCGCGCUAUCGAGGUCACCACCCGACACGGCCAUUGGCAAGCCGCCGGUCUCGACCGAGAGCAGCGCAUCGAUUGGCGUUACCAAGACGUCGCCGGCUUCGCCGAUGCUACCAAACAAGUUCACCGCGCCGGUGGCUUUGUUUCCGUCAACCCCCCCUUCGCCGCCUGCGCGGCCUGCAACUGGGGCUUCAAUGACUGGGACCACAACGAUGCUAUCGAAGUCUGGAAUGCCGACUUUGAUUCAACAGACCAGCAGGCUGUCCAGAAAUGGCACGAUCUCCUCGUCGCUGGAAAAUACACCGCUGCUAUCGGUGGCAGUGACUCUCACUCCCCGCCAUCCAUGAACGGUGUCCCCACCACCGUCGUCAGCACUCGCGGCCGCAAGCAAUCCGCCAUCGUCGCGGCUGUCAAGAAUGCCCGUGCUUAUAUCGUCGACGGUCCUGGGAAGUCGAUGUCGUUUAACAUCAACGUGCAUAAUACCGUUGCUCAGAUCGGUGACAAGGUUCAUGGAGCCUCAGCUGGUGACCAAGCUUCCCUGACAGUUGAGGGUAUGAGUGGUCAGAAGGCUUGUUUCAUAUCUGAUAAGGGUUAUUUCUAUAAUACCACUAUCACGGAUCAUCAUGCCCUCCGACACCAGCUCCCCGCUGGCUUGAAGUUUGUGAGAGUGGAGGUCCGCAAUGUUACUGAUGAUUCCGCGCUUGGUCUAACCAACCCUAUCUGGUUCUUGUGA